AACAACUUUUUAAAAUCUCAAUUUAGACUAAUAAGUUCGAUUGUUUAUCGAACAAAUUAAAUGUAAUCCAUUUUAAUUUUACUUUGACACGUUAUUUACAAUCUAAAAAUUAUAUCUACCUAAGCUAAGCGCGUCCACGCGUAAUUACGCGAAAAUAAGUCAAAAAAUGAUUUCAAGUGGAAUUGACGAAUCAAUUUUUCAUCAUAUUGAAACUAUGUUUUCGAAAACGACAUUUGAAUUUAGACGUGAUGGUUUAGAAAAAGCUUUAGUAAAAGUACUUUCGGAAAAAGAAGAAAUUCAUAUUAAUGAACUAUUAAAUCGAAUCUUUUUUGAAUUAUUGCAUUCAGAUUUAUCUGAUGUUAUUUAUCCCAUUUUGCCAAAUUUAAAUGAUUUUCAAGAUGGUUAUAUUGCUCAAAAUGGUCCUAUAUUACUUGAAAUAGUUGAAUGUAUUGAAGUUGGUAUAUCUACUUAUAAAUUAUUGCAAAUUCUAAAUGAAUUUGAGUCUUCGCAAGUGAAUAAUGCGAAGGAUGAUGAGUUGGAAAAAAAAUUAGAAUUUCCAAGAAAAAUGCUACAUUUACUUCUAUCUGAUGGUCAGCAACAAAUUAGAGGAAUGGAGUACAAACAAGUUUCUGAGCUUAGUUUACACACUCCUAUCGGCAAAAAGGUUUUGAUAAGUAAUGUGAAAUAUAGCAAGGGUAUGUUAUUUCUCACACCAGAGAAUACAUAUGUUUGUGAAGGAUUCGAGUGGACAUCUCGUAGGCUUGGAGAUUUAAAAUUAACAUUUAUGGAACUAUUAGGAAUGGCGACAAAUGAGAAUGUAGAAGAUGAAUCUCAAAUUUCAUAUAAUGCUCUACACCCGUGUGAUAUUCAGUCAACUUUUCAACCUAAUAUGGGUGGUAGAUUAGCUAGAGUUAUCUUUAAAGAUGUCCCAUAUAUGUCAGAUCUUACCAAAUUGAAGAGGUUUUUGCACAAAGCAGAAUCGUCACAUCCACCUCCAAGAUCUGUUCUUCCAUUUAAUGAAGUAUUAGGAUAUAAUUCUAAUGCAAGAAAAUCAUCCUGUCCUGAGCCGGGAAUUGAUAAAUCAACGCAACUUAAUUCAAUGUCGAGAGAUUUUCAACCGGAAUCGUCAUUUAACAACACAAUUCGACCUAUUUCUGUAACACAACUGGUGCCUUUAUUUAACGGCUCAACGCGACCUAACGCUAAUGAGGACCCAUCGAAUUCGGUAUCAUCAUCCAUAUCAUCAUUUAACAAACCAACUUUUAAGGUUCCAUUAAACCAAUUUAAUGUUGGCACGCCGUCAUUAAUACGACCUAAUCCUCCCUCAAAAUCAUUAUAUGAUGAACCAGCUUUUAAAACAGCAUCAUUAUGGAAUGGGCCAGCAGAAAAACAAUCAUUGUCUCAACCAAAUGCUUCUUUUUUAUAUAAUGAUCAAGAAGCAACAGAACCAGCGUUCAAGAAAUCGUCAACAUUAUUAUCAACCGCAAGGCCAACAUUCAGAUCCUCGUCACCAGCAGAAGAAAAGACAUCGUUUAUUGAACCUUCUUUUAAUGCUUCAUCAAUACGCUCUGAUUCUGAGGAAAAAGCACCUUUUAAUAAUAGACUAUCCUCCAAUAGUAUAUCUUGUUCUCAUAUAUCAAUAUCUUCAAAUGAAUUGGACUUAAAUAUUUCACCAAUUCGGCCUAACUCUAAGUUUAAAGAUACAGAAUCUAAAGUUUCCUACUCAAUGCACUCUAUUCCUGGUGUAGAUCCAUUCUCCAUACAAGAUGAUGAUUUCUCUUAUAUGUUGAUAGAAGACGACAACAUUGAAACUUACAAAGAAAAUAAAGACAAUGAAUCUUAUUCCAAAAAAGGGUCCACCCGAGAUCAAGAUGAUGACGGAGUAAUUAUUAUAGAUUCUGAUCGGGAUGUAAAGGAUUUGUGUCACAUUAAAAAUAAUAUUGAAGCUAAGAAUAAUUUAGCGUCGCUUUUUGAAAGUCUUGAAAAUGAAUAUAAAGCUAUUUCUUCGGAACCAGAUGCUCGUCUAUCUCCAGCACGUAGCAUGGGAAGUACGAAAAAUAAUUCGUCCAAUAAUAAUAAAAACAAGCGUUCUUGGCUUUAUGAGAAAAUUGACAGCGAUGAUGACGAUAUUGAACUUCCACUUGCAAAAAGAGUUAGUCAUUGUACGGAUAAUGAUCAUGAAGAGAAAUUGGAUGGUGGAAGUUUAGCUAAUCCUAUUGUUUUGGAUUAUGAUGAUAAUGAUUAUGAAAUGGAUUUAGACGAAAUUCUUUCUGGAUAUACUUUUUGAGAUCUGAAUGAUAAUAAGG